CAAGAUGCUUCCAGUCCAAAUUUUAAAGGACAAUGCUCAAGAGGAACGAGGAGAGAGCGCUCGUCUCAGCUCAUUCGUGGGUGCAAUCGCCAUCGGAGAUCUUGUCAAGUCUACUCUUGGACCAAAGGGAAUGGACAAAAUUCUCAUCAGUGGAAACCCAGAAAGCGCAGGAGGAAUCAAAGUUACCAACGAUGGAGCAACGAUCCUGAAGUCAAUCGGUGUUGACAAUCCAGCUGCUAAGGUUCUUGUUGAUAUGUCAAUGACACAGGAUCACGAAGUUGGAGAUGGUACUACUUCAGUAACUGUCCUGGCCGCAGAGCUCCUCAAAGAAGCCGAGAAACUUGUCAAUCAACGUAUUCAUCCACAGACGAUCAUUUCUGGAUAUAGACGUGCUCUCGGGAUUGCUCAAGAAUCCUUGAAAAAGUCCAGCAUUGAAUCCGGAGAUAAUAUUCGUGAUGAUCUUUUGAAGAUUGCCCGUACUACUCUUGGAUCUAAGAUUCUCAGUCAACACAAAGAGCACUUUGCUCAACUCGCCGUUGAUGCAGUUUUGAGACUCAAGGGAUCUGGAAAUUUGGAUGCCAUUCAAAUUAUCAAGAAGCUCGGAGGAUCCAUGAAUGAAUCUUAUCUCGACGAGGGUUUCCUUCUCGAAAAACUCCCUGGAAUGUUCCAACCAAGAAGAGUUGAGAAAGCAAAGAUUCUCAUUGCCAACACACCAAUGGACACUGACAAAGUGAAAGUUUUCGGAUCAAGAGUGAGAGUAGAUGGUGUUGCCAAGGUUGCUGAACUCGAAGCUGCUGAGAAAUUGAAGAUGAAAGAAAAAGUUGACAAAAUUCUGGCCCAUAACUGUAAUGUCUUCAUCAACCGUCAGUUGAUCUACAACUACCCAGAGCAACUUUUUGCCGAUGCUAAGGUUAUGGCUAUUGAACACGCCGAUUUUGAAGGAAUCGAGAGGCUUGCUCUUGUUCUCGGAGGAGAAAUUGUUUCCACAUUUGAUUCACCACAAACUGCUCAAUUCGGAUCUUGUGAUCUGAUUGAAGAGAUUAUGAUUGGAGAAGAUAGACUUCUUCGGUUCUCGGGAGUCAAAUUGGGUGAAGCUUGCUCAGUCGUUCUUCGUGGAGCAACUCAGCAGAUUCUUGAUGAGUCCGAAAGAUCCCUCCAUGAUGCCCUUUGUGUUCUCGUUACUCACGUGAAAGAAUCAAAGACUGUUGCCGGAGCUGGAGCGAGCGAAAUUUUGAUGAGUUCAGCCAUCGCCGUCGAAGCUCAAAAGGUUGCGGGUAAGGAAGCCCUUGCCGUUGAAGCCUUCGGAAGAGCCCUUGCUCAAUUGCCAACCAUCAUUUGCGACAAUGCUGGACUUGACUCGGCUGAACUUGUCACAAGACUCCGUGCAGAGCACGCCAAUGGACGUCACAAUAUGGGAAUCGACAUCGAGAAAGGAGAGGUUGCUGAUGUUACGAAAUUGGGCGUUAUUGAGUCUUACAAUGUGAAGUUGUGCAUGGUUUCUUCCGCCGCUGAAGCCACGGAACAAAUUCUUCGCGUCGACGAUAUCAUCAAGGCAGCUCCACGUGCCCGUGCUCAAGAUAACCGACCAUGCUAAUCAAAUUGUUCGCCAGACUGUUAAAAGAUCUUCAACUUUAUUCUCCCUUUUUCAGCUUUUAAUCGAGUGCUUCAACACAAUCGUAUCUCGUUUUUUUUCGUCCCCUUCAUUCUUAUUUUUGAUGGAAUUUGAUACACUUUCUGUUGCUUCUGCCUACCGUUUUUAUAUGCCCCCGUUUUCAAUUUAAUAUUCGAGAAUACCGCGUGUUUUUGCUUGUUGAUUUGUUUUCCUUUUAAAAUGAAUGGAGUGCGAUUUACAAAAGGUACAAUAUUUGAAAUGUAUUUUAUUCCAGUUUUUAUCUGAUUUUUUAUAUUUCUGAUUAAAGAGAAAAG